CGUGUUUACUGGGCAGCUUUCGCUCCACGUUAGCGUCGUUGACUUGCCGAGAAGUGAACAGGAAUAUAUCUUACGUGUUUUUAACCCAGAGUUUGAGCAUAUUUUCAUUUUUUUAAAGCACGGCAGUCACCGCGUCGCGUUUGGCACGAUUGCUUGAGAGGCGGAAGUGCCUCUGACGCGCGGAGCAAUGACGAGCUGGCCAAUGUAGCGCCGAGGUUAGCUAGCUAGCUAACAACACAGCAGCGGUACAUCCACCACAGGGAUAAGCGCGGCCAUGGGUGCGGAGAGCAGCGCGGUGCGGAGCUGCACCCUGGAGGAGCCGCUCCUGACCCUGCCCUCCGGACUCACGAUGCACUCGGCCAUGCUCCAGGAUGGAAAGCCCGCAUCCGUGUUUGUUCACGAGCGGGGAAACGAGGACAAAGUCAACAAAGCUGCUCAGCAUCUGAAGACUUUGAGGCACCCUUGUCUGCUGCGCUUCCUGUCCUGCUCGGUGCAGGACGGCGGCAUCCAUCUGGUGACGGAGCGUGUGCAACCUCUGGAACUGCUGCUGGACAGUCUCUCCCCAGAGGAAAUCUGUGCUGGCAUCUACGACCUCCUGCAAGCGCUCGUGUUUCUGCAUGAGAGGGGCAAAUCAAGCCACAACAACGUCUGCAUUUCAUCUGUAUUUGUCAGUGAAGAUGGUCAUUGGAAACUGGGAGGGAUGGAUACCGUCUGCAAGUUCUCUGAAGCUACGCCUGAGUUUCUCGCGAGCAUUCACAAUGUGAGAGAAGCCAGCUGCGUUCCCCCAGAAGAGCAGGUCGAGGGCUUUAAAACGCUUCCGGAUCAAAAUGCUCACUCUCGGGACUGUUACGCUUUUGGGAAGUUGGUGGAGACCCUCGUGUCUCUCCUGAAUAGCUAUGUGUCACAGGAGCUGUCUGACAGUCUGACCAAGACCCUGCAGACGGGCCUGCUGAACUCUGACCCCUUGUCUCGACCCCCACUGAGCUCCCUGCUCACUCAUGACUUUUUCCGGAAUGACUUUCUGGAAGUGAGGGAUUUUCUGAAGAGCCUGACCUUGAAGAUGGAAGAAGAAAAGAACGAAUUCUUUAAGUUUCUUCUCGACCGGGUCCAGAGUCUCCCCGAAGAGCUGAUAGCUUCACGCCUUGUCCCCAAACUCCUCAACUCUCUUGUGUUUGCCGAACCCAUGGCUGUCAAAAGCUUCCUGCCUCAUCUUCUAAGGCCAAAGAAGGAUUCCAGUGGUGGUGGUAACGAUGAAGAAUGCCUGCUCUCUGUGGCCCUGUACCGUAAGCAUGUGAUUCCUCAGAUUGUCAAGCUCUUCAAGGUCAAGGAGGCCCACAUCCGGGUCGUUUUGCUGACUCACAUGCACAUCUACGCUGAGUUCUUCUCCCACGAUGAACUCAAGAACCAGAUCCUACCUCAGGUUUUGUUGGGAAUGAGGGACACCAGUGAUUCGCUGGUUGCCAUGACUCUGCAGAGUCUGGCGGUGUUGGUGCCCUUGCUCGGGGCUCAAGUGGUGGUCGGCGGAGACAGGUCCAAGGUCUUCAAACGCACCACACCCAACUUCACAAGGUCGACAGAGGUCACCCCUGAAACUUCACCUGUCCAUAUCGUUGGAGGCUGCCACCCUCAUGUGGCCCAACCUUCAAAAGUCUUGAAUCUGUGCCCCAGACCACCAGAGACCAAAGGCCUGGUCCUGGGUCACAUGGGCAGCUUAGCAGGGAGUAGGGAGAUGCCACAAAGUGACCCGCAGCCAAUAAAAUCAGAUGUCAGUAGACAGAUUUCUCUCCCGUUAAAUGGCUUUCACCAGGACAGUGAGAUGGAGCCGCUGUCUUACAGCCCAGAGCAGACCGGCGGACGAGAGGGUCCAGUGGAAGACUGGCCUGACUGGAGCGACUCCGAAGAGAACGAGAAAAGAGACGGGCAGGCGGUCCAGAUCCACAUUCAGGCCUCGGAGAGAGAAGAUCCAGGCGGCAGCGGCGGCAGUGGACUGCCACUCUCGCACGCCAACAUGAACGAGGAGCCGUGGGACGACUUUGAGGGAACCGAACCCACCUCGGAUCUUUCCCCUACGGCUCCUUUAUCAGACCCGGUUAUACUCGCACCACCCAGAGGGGGCGCUAACAGACCUGCUAAUUCUGCUCCUGAAGCACUGAAACUGGGCUCCUCCAAACCGCUCAAAUUGACCUCAGCACUGCGACAAUCCGCACAGAGCACAACCGCGUCCUCGCUGGGCGACGGCUGGGCUCAAGACGACGGAGACGCGGAGCAAUGGCACAACCCAUUGAACCCCAAGACCAAACCUACAGUGUCACGGAGGAUUAGUGGCCGAGGAGGUCUGGGGGAGGAGUUCACCAUUAAGGUGAAGCGAAAGGAAGCGCCAGACCCCGACCUGGAUUUGUUUGCAGACAUGGUGCCGGACAUCAAACUGUCCUCUCCGGCUCUGCUGCCGCUGGACCAGAGCGGAGCGAGUGAUGCCGGACUAUCGGAAAACUGUAACUCUCUGCAGGCUGACUCGACCAUCGAUGCCGUGACGCUCACCGCCAGGUUCGCAGUGGACAACCUGACUGAGGUGGGUGGGGUUUUCAUACAGACAUUUAAAUAUGUUUAAAGCAGCCAUUUCUUAUAACUGUCAACGACUUCACUCAAAACAAAAUAUUUUUCAACUAUAAUCUUUUUGACAUCGAAACCGAGUGGGAACCUUUUUCUCUUGUGGUCCCUCAAAAGGCAACAAUGCUUAUCAAAGGCUCCUUUUAAGUGUCCGAGUUGUGAGGAAUUUUUCCUCCGAAAGACA